AUGAACGAGGCCAAUGGUCUAACCAAGUGCUUUCCCUGCACUCCCUGUGACCCAGGUACAUUAAAAUGUUCUUCCAAACCUUCCCACCUUUCCUUUUAGCUGCGCACAUCAUACCCUUUUCACUGCGGAGCUGAGUUGUAUUGCACUGGCUGGGUUCUGCAUCCACCAAUUGGAAAGUACAAUGUAAAAAAUUAAAAUAUCUAAGCCAGUGUCGUACGUUUCAGGUCACCACAAUAGUGUUUAAAGGGUAUGAGGUGCCUUCUUCUCACAAGUAGUCCUCUGACUGAAAUGAAUCAACCCUGAUAUUUUCCAGGACAGGGCCUUUUCACUCAGACAGAGUGCACAACAACAAGUAACACAGUGUGCCACGUUCUAGAUGGAUACUACUGUAGAAGCUACUCAUCCAACUCAGAGUGUAGCUUUGCAGUGGCACAUACACAAUGUUCACCGGGCCAGAGCACUACUGCACCUGGUAAGUAUGAAGUAGAGGCUAAAUAUCGUACAGGACAUCAGAAUUCUGAUCAUUGAAUAUAGCAUGGGACUCUAGAUAGCUUUGUGUUUACCUCAGGUGAUUUUUGACUUGUCCAGCACCAAAAUGGUUAACUUUUGAACGUGAUAACACCAUUUGUUCUCACCUUACAGGAACAAAGACAACAGAUACCAUUUGUGAGGAGUGUCAGCAUGGUUUUUACUCACAACAUGGUGUGAACUGCACAGCUUGGACUGAGUAGGUCAUCGUUUGUGUACUAGACUUUCUUGAAUUGCUUUAGGUUUUCUUUCUUUAAAAGAUAAUUGGGAUAUUGAUGAUAUUAUAUAUUUCACAAAGCAGUAUCAAUGCUCAGAUAGCAAUCUAUAGAUUCAGUUCUGGCAACCAGAUAUUGGUUGACAAUAUAAUUACAGGCUGGCUUAAUGGUAAAUCCAUUUGAAUUCUUUCACUUCUUGACAGCACCUCUUUUGAUUUGAACGAAACUUUCCAUACAUAUUUGCCCAUUGUAGAAGUACUCAGAAAGUGACUUUUUGGACCUGAAUGCCAAAACAUUCAAGAGAUAAAGGUGCUCAAAGUUGACCUAUUUUGCAUACCCCACCAUACCAUGAGACAGCCAUCUCUUCAUCACUGGAAAAUAUGACUGGUUUAGAUUGAUAUCAUUUAAAAGUUUACAAACAGGGUUGUCAAACAAUUUGAUAAUAAAAACAAUAUUUUAACUUCAACGUAAAUGAUCUAAAAACGCAUAUAGUUUAGACCCUAUUUUAGGUCAUGAGGUUUUAUGUGUUGUACCCUCCAUCGGGUGAGACUCAACAUGUUCUUGAAUACAGGGUGUUUUGCCUAAUAAAUAUACUAAAAUGGGAAUACAAUUGUAAUUUCACCUUUCAAAUGGUACCACAAAGAUGGUUGGAGGUCCACACAUCAGUGAAUAUCUGUUUUACAUUACACUGUCAAUCCUCCAUAGGGAACCUAUUGAAAUCAUAGAAAUACAGAUCAUAGAAUAGACAUGACCGUUUAAGUUGACAUUUGAUGGUGGGUGGACCGGCGGCCAUCUUUGUGUUAGUAAUUAGUACUCAUCACUGCAUUCUCUCAGAAUGUUGGUUGGCCCUCUUUGAUGUCACGUAGGUUGAUACAUUGCUAUGUUUUCAUUUAUAAAGCCCUUUUACAAAAAGUCCCACUGUACCUAACAUCUUUACUAAACUUUAGACAUACGAGUUACCACACCCGAUCUCAGGGAUGGUUAACUCUGGAAAUUCCUUUGGUCUCUACGCAGUUAGGUAAAUCCGCUGUUAGUUCUUGCACCUUAUUUGUGUAACAAUCUUCAAAAUGUUCUUAAAUGUGAUGUUUUGUUGUCUCUAGGAUAAUUCAGAAAGCUGAAUGAGGUCCUUAUUACUGAUAAAUGUGUUUGUUCUUUAUGACCAUGUUUUCUUUCUACUUGCAUUUUGAAUGUAUUUUGAUGUGUCUAUUUUCUGUACUUAAUAUAAUUCAGGGCUCAUCUGUAAAAGAGACAUUGGUCUCAGUAUGACUCCUUGAUAAAAUAAAAUAAAAAAUAAAGUAAACGGUGUACCAGAUGAAUUACAGUGGUCUGAAGGGAUAGGUCCUAUCCCUAUCAAUUAUAUUUGUAUUAUUGAAGUAACAUCCACCCUGUUUAAGAGCAUGUUCAGUCUCCACUGAUAACAGGCUACAAGUAGGGUCUAGGCUACAAUAUAUGCAAACAAUCUGAGUGUACGCAUUUUUUAUAAUUGACGUUAAAUGUCAAUUAUUAUUAAGAAAUAACUUUUUCAAGAAAUUAUAAAAUAGUUUAACAACCCUGUUUGUAAGCUUUUAAAUUAUAUCAAACUCAACGGUUUAUCUUUUCCAGUGAUGAAGCCAUGGAUGUCUCAUGUUAUGGUGGGCUUUGCAAAAUGGGUCAAAUUUGAGCACCUUUAUCUCCUGUGUUUUUUUUCCCCAUUCAGGUCCAAAAAAUAACUUUCUGACCACUUCUUCUAUAGGCAAACAUUGAAUUCAAAAUGGAUUUACCCUUAACCCAUAUACAGUGAGGGAAAAAAGUAUUUGAUCCCCUGCUGAUUUUGUACGUUUGCCCACUGACACAGACAAGAUCAGUCUAUUAUUUUAAUGGUAGGUUUAUUUGAACAGUGAGAGACAGAAUAACAACAAAAAAAUCCAGAAGAACGCAUGUCAAAAAUUUUAUAAAUUGAUUUGCAUUUUAAUGAGGGAAAUAAGUAUUUGACCCCUAUGCAAAACAUGACUUAGUACUUGGUGGCAAAACCCUUGUUGGCAAUCAGAGGUCAGACGUUUCUUGUAGUUGGCCACCAGGUUUGCACACAUCUCAGGAGGGAUUUUGUCCCACUCCUCUUUGCAGAUCUUCUCCAAGUCAUUAAGGUUUCGAGGCUGACGUUUGGCAACUCGAACCUUCAGCUCCCUCCACAGAUUUUCUAUGGGAUUAAGGUCUGGAGACUGGCUAGGCCACUCCAGGACCUUAUUGUGCUUCUUCUUGAGCCACUCCUUUGUUGCCUUGGCCGUGUGUUUUGGGUCAUUGUCAUGCUGGAAUACCCAUCCACGACCCAUUUUCCUGGCUGAGGGAAGGAGGUUCUCACCCAAGAUUUGACAGUACAUGGCCCCGUCCAUCGUCCCUUUGAUGCGGUGAAGUUGUCCUGUCCCCUUAGCAGAAAAACACCCCCAAAGCAUAAUGUUUCCACCUCCAUGUUUGACGGUGGGGAUGGUGUUCUUGGGGUCAUAGGCAGCAUUCCUCCUCCUCCAAACACGGCAAGUUGAGUUGAUGCCAAAGAGCUCGAAUUUGGUCUCAUCUGACCACAACACUUUCACCCAGUUCUCCUCUGAAUCAUUCAGAUGUUCAUUGGCAAACUUCAGACGGGCAUGUAUAUGUGCUUUCUUGAGCAGGGGGACCUUGCGGGCGCUGCAGGAUUUCAGUCCUUCACGGCGUAGUGUGUUACCAAUUGUUUUAUUGGUGACUAUGGUCCCAGCUGCCUUGAGAUCAUUGACAAGAUCCUACCGUGUAGUUCUGGGCUGAUUCCUCACAGUUCUCAUGAUCAUUGCAACUCCACGAGGUGAGAUCUUGCAUGGAGCCCCAGGCCGAGGGAGAUUGACAGUUAUUUUGUGUUUCUUCUAUUUGCGAAUAAUCGCACCAACUGUUGUCACCUUCUCACCAAGCUGCUUGGCGAUGGUCUUGUAGCCCAUUCUAGCCUUGUGUAGGUCUACAAUCUUGUCCCUGACAUCCUUGGAGAGCUCUUUGGUCUUGGCCAUGGUGGAGAGUUUGGAAUCUGAUUGAUUGAUUGCUUCUGUGGACAGGUGUCUUUUAUACAGGUAACAAGCUGAGAUUAGGAGCACUCCCUUUAAGAGUGUGCUACUAAUCUCAGCUCAUUACCUGUAUAAAAGACACCUGGGAGCCAGAAAUCUUUCUGAUUGAGACGGGGUCAAAUACUUAUUUCCCUCAUUAAAAUGCAAAUCAAUUUAUAACAUUUUUUACAUGGGUUUUUCUGGAUUUUUUUGUUGUUAUUCUGUCUCUCACUGUUCAAAUAAACAUACCAUUAAAAUUAUAGACUGAUCAUUUCUUUGUAAGUGGGCAAACGUACAAAAUCAGCAGGGGAUCAAAUACUUUUUUCCCUCACUGUACAACUUGACAUUACAAUAUGCUGUACUUGACCUGUCUAAUUAAAUACGUUUUUAUGUGUUGCUUACUCUGCAGUUGUGCAGCGAUGGGACACGUGAAGACUAAAGACGGAAAUUCUAGACAAGAUGUUAUUUGUAACAAAGUUCAAUUAAGGAGUCAUUGCACUCUAAUAGCUCCACCAUUAUUUAUCCUAACACUGUUUUGUCUCUACCUGGCAAGA